AGGCACUCAGGCAGAAACCGGGCAACUGUCGUGGCCUCAGGUGUGUUCGGGACCACUAUGGCGUAACGACGACUAUGUGACUUACAGUAACCACAGAUAUGUUCUCAACAUGAAUUCGUCCUUUCUUCGCAUUUAGAUAUGCUACAAGCUGCGAGAGAACACCCCCAAUCUGAUGAUAAUAAGUUCCGGACGAUUUCUUCUAUGCUUGACAAAACAAAUAAGUUGAUGUCACAAUUCCGCGUUGUUAAGAAACAGGUAGGCUGCCUCUGGGGCCUACUGUUUUUCUUAGUGCCUGAGUCUAAUAUGUAGACAGAUGGAUAGUACAGGGGCAAAUGGGGAACAGCCCGCCUCUCAAGUCGAUGAUGCGAAGUCGACGACAGCAUCGGGGUCAAAUCCUCCAAUGAGUAAAAAGAGAGCCAGGCCAGGAGAGGCAAACGAGAACGGCACGGAACUGAGCAGGCUACAAGAAAGUCGCGCGCAGAAGCGAAAGCGCGUGGAAAUUCCAGGAAACGACGAAGACUUGCGGAACACAACGCCAGUCUCUGCUGAAACAGAGGAUAUCUCUGAGGAGGUCCAGCGACGACUGCUGAUCAAGGAAGAGCAGCGAAAAAAACGUAAUGCUAUGCCUGAGAAGCGGAAACGUGAUAGAGAUAGCCUUCUCUCGAACGAUGGCAUCUUGUCGCUAGGAGAUGCAGCAAGGCCAAAGAAGAAGAGGCGAGAGGAGCAGACAGGUUCGGAUUGAGCGGACGAAUUUCCACGCGAAUACUGGAAUUACUAACUAAAUUGGGGGGUGGGGGAGAAAAGGAACGUAUAUAGUAAAACCGUUGGAACAAGCGACGGACUGCGCAUACUUUCAGGUACGGUUCCUAUUUCUAACGACCACAUGCCAGACAUUGACUUCCCGCAGAAGAGUCACAACUCGGCACAUCAAUAGAG